AUGAUUUCUUUAACUGACAAAACUCUUCUAAAAAAUCUUGAUGAUGAGACUCCUAAAGAAUAUGUAAAUUUCAUUAUGGAUGCCAUUUAUGACCCUACUGAAAUGGCCAUGAUGACUGCUAAUGGGAGGACCAAAGGAUCAACUAAAAUGGAUAAAAAAAUAAAAGUCAACUUACAUGCAUAUAUUCAGCAUAAAUUUAAAGGCCAAAAAAUUACAAGAAAGCUACUGAACAAAUUAAUUAAUGCCAAAUGCUAUUGUGAGAGGCGAAAACUUUGGAACAAGCAGAAGGCUCUUGGGGACUCUGAAGAUAUAGCUGUGCGUAAACCACUGAAAAAAUUUACAAGAGAUCCUAACAAACCACGAAAGGUGGCUAAUCCAGGGAAGAAAAAUAAGGAAAAGAAAAAGGCCUCAAAACUUCGUAGAGAAUCUAAGGGUGUUAGUCAGCAAGUAAUCCAACGCCAUCCCAAACAAAAGAUCAGUUUGGAUCGUAAUUCUCCUAAGAAGAACAUCACUCCCACCAAAUUUAAUAGAAAACCGUUCCAGCCUGCAAGCUAUUCAUCCCCUGCUUUUUCUCCGAUUAAGAAGAGUAUGCCAAAGAAGAAUGUUUUGAAGUCAAAGAGAGAGGAGGGUGAUAGACCUGUAACAGGAGGGAAAAGGCCUAGGCCCAUUUCGGUGAGUGUUUAUGCAAUAGUGAUGUGUAUCUGAUAUUUGUGUGUUCAGACAGCAAUAUUUCACUUUGUUGAUCCCAAAAUUAUUCCCUUCCUUUUUAUUUUUUGCAGGAAAUAU